UAUAACUUCAGCUACGGAUUGUAUGUGGAUAUGGUUGGAUAUUUCGCUAUAACAGAGGUUCGAUUCAGCAAAGUGUAGGACCAAAAAAUGUAACGAGAUGUGGCGAAUACAGGGAGGUAAGAAAAAAAUAAUUCUGGCUCUUGUUGUGCUCCUGUUGAUUACCUCCCUUCCACUGAUCUACUACGUGAAUAGCUACCUACCAUGGCUCAAGACGGCAGAGGACAGCAUUGUUGCCAUGUCUUGGGAAGGUUUUGGGCCGGAAAAAGGCUUGUACAACUACACCGUGGUGACGGCGAUGCUGGACAUUGGCCGUGGGUCGUGGGAUCAGCAGUCCAGGUCCUACAACACCUACCUGCUGUACAUGCAGCAGCUGCUGAGGAUGGACAUGAACAUCGUCGUGUUUGUCGAGCAGAAGGGGAAGCCGUUCGUUGAUUGGAUGCGGCGGGGCCGUGAGGACAGGACGUUUGUGGUCGUCACGGAUAUUACGUCAUUACCGUAUUACAGGUACAGAGAUCGAAUGUCUGAGAUCAUGAGAAGUCCCGAGUACCAGCGGGACAAUGAACUGUACCAGAAGAAGCUGUGCGAGUCCUACGUGCCGGAGUAUGAUAUCCUACAGCUCUCCAAGCUGUAUUUCUUAAACGUCUCCAUAAUACAGAAUCCAUUCCACACGUCGUACUUUAUAUGGAUAGACGGUGGAUAUGGACACGGCCAAGAAAUAUAUCCACCGGAAGGUGUUUGGAUCCCCAAAGACCUUUUCGAACACUCCCACAAAAUGACCUUCAUAGAACGUGACCCGGGGGUCAGGCAGUUCGAAAAGGUCAAGGACAAGCUCUACAAAAUGAGCAUCAACAUCCUCCCGGGUGGAUUUUUCGGCGGCGGGGUCAAGGCCGUCCAGGAGGUGUACGCGCUGCAGCGCUCGAUGCUGCGGGAGUGGAUGGAGGAGGGCGUGGUGGAUGACGACCAGACCAUGUACAUGCUCAUGUUCUACCGGCGGCCAUCUUUGUUUCGGCUGGUCCCCGGGGACUGGCACGACGCGUUCAAACUGUUCCACCGGUCGCGGCCACAGAGAUAGCCCGAGUGGGAGCUGUUUGGUUCUGUGAGUGUUCCGGUAUUAGAAACACAUCGAGAUAGCCCUUGUGGAAGCUGUUUGAUGCUGUUAGUGUUCUGGUAUUAGAAACACAUCGAGAUAGCCCUUGUGGAAGCUGUUUGAUGCUGUUAGUGUUCUGGUAUUAGAAACACAUCGAGAUAGCCCGAGUGGGAGCUGUUUGGUUCUGUGAGUGUUCUGGUAUUAGAAACACAU